ACAGUUCAGUUUGUAUUUGUUAUUAAAGUUUAGAUAUUGUGUGUAUGUUGUACAAUUUAAUUCUAAAAGAAUUAUUAGAUUAUUUAGCAAUAUACUGUGCCCGUAGCAUCACCGAAUUUUCUCGUUUACAGAAUGUCUCACCUAUUUAGUUAAGAAAUAAAUUCAUAGGCAUUUAUUCUGUUAGUUUUUUACCAUUCACUUCAGUCUAAACAAGAAUAGCAGAAAUUAAAUAUGGAAGAAGAUUACGAUGAUAGGCCUUGGGAUGGUGGUGAUCGACACGAUGAUUCUGAUGCUGGAGAUGAACCGGAAAAUCCAGAACAAGUUCUGGCAGAAUGUGCAGAGAAAUUCUCAACCCCAGAUUAUAUUAUGGAACCAGGUAUUUUUUCACAGUUAAAGCGUUAUUUUCAGUCUGGAGGAAAUCCAUUACAAGUCAUUGAAGAAUUAUCACAAAACUAUACGGCUGUGGCACAAAUGGCAAAUUUAAUAGCAGAAUGGCUUAUAAUUGGGGGAGUGAAAGUAACAGAUGUUCAAGCUAUGGUAGAAAACCAUUUGAAAGAAAUGAUUUUAAAAACUUUUGACCCUAAGAAGGCAGACACUAUAUUUACAGAAGAAGGAGAAACACCUGCUUGGUUAACACAAUUAAUAGAACACCCUACAUGGAGAUCUUUGAUUUAUAGAUUGGCAGAAGAAUAUCCAGAUUGUCUUAUGUUAAAUUUUACAAUUAAAGAACCAAAGUCUUCCAUCGAUGUCUUUGGUUUUCCUUGUGAUUAUUGCAAGUUGGUAUUGUGUAGAAAUUGUUCCAAUGUAAGUGUCACAGAAAUCAGAGCAAUAGUGAUGCCAAGUAGAAUAAUACCAUAUGUUUGCAUGGAUUGUACUCCCAAAAUUAAGAAUUUGAUUGGGCUCUCAGAACGAGUAGAUGUUUUGGAGAGCGAAGUUGCAUACUUACAGGACACUACUAAGCAGGCCAUGGACAUGAUAGAAGAAAUAAAGUCCCAUCGAAGGGAACUGGACUCUUUAAAUGGUUCUUUUCAGCUUAUUUCCGAUGCAGGUUUUCAAGGAGAAAUAACCAGCAUUUCGACAGCUGCUCAACAACUGGAAGUAUUUUCAAGAGUUCUUAAAACAUCCAUCACAAGUUUUCUUAGCAAUCCAGAAGAAUGGCAAAAUACUAGCAAAGAAUGUGCUAAAAUGGUGUGUCAUGGACAACAUACAUAUGUAUAUAGCCAAGUGAUUAUUCAUAUUUUGGCUCGUGAGUCAAAGGGAGGAAGUAGCAUGAAAAGAUUGUCACAAGAGAUUACUAAAUGUGCUCAAAAGAAUGGAAAUGAUGUUACUCCGAUUACAAUGGCAUUAAAUGGAGCAUCUGGUUACCCUACUGCCUGUCAAGCGCUGACUUCGAUGUUGUCUAAGAAUACAUUGAAUCCAGCAGAUAUAACAGUUUUAUAUAGAAAUUAUAGCGGUCCGGAUCCACCACCUAUUGAUCUCGUCAGGACACCACAAUUUUUAGAGCUUCUGAUUGAUUCUCUCUUCAAGCCAGGUGUUAAAUUAAACCCCGACUAUAAGCCAAAGUAUAUUCACUUGUUAGCUUAUGCAUCAAGUGUGUCAGAAGUUCAACCGAAGAAAGGACAAAAGAGGAUCUCAAAUAAAGAUGAAUUGCAACCUACAAUUCGAGCUGUAGAAACUGUACAUAGUAUCUGCAAUGGUAAUAAAGGAAGUUCAGAACUGAUAGCCGAACUGUCUAUUAUUUACCAAUCAUUAAAAUUUCCUGUUGUAUCAAUAGGAAUCAUUCGAUGGGUUGAAUGUACAGUAACGGAACCUAGCUAUUUUAAAUUGUCCACAGAACACACUCCGAUUCAUCUUGCUUUACUAGAUGAAGUCGUAACUUUACAUCCUCUAUUGCACAAUCAAGUGCUGAAUCUCCUGAUUACACUAUUUGAGUCCAAACAGGAUGAAUUAGAAAUUUUAGUUCAGCUUGAGAUGAGAAAAAUGGUAUUGGACAGAAUGGUAAAUCUUCUUUGUUCAGGAUGUGUUGUGCCAGUAGUGAAAUAUAUUAAACAGUGUUGGCAGCGAGGUGAUACAGAUAUUUCGUUGAUAAGAUAUUUUGUUACCGAAGUGUUAGAAACAAUUGGACCCCCAUACAGUUCGGAGUUUGUUCAUUUAUUCAUGCCUAUGGUAGAAAAUGAUGAAAUUACUGGCACUAUGAGAGGAGAUGGUGAAAAUGAUCCAGUAUCUGAGUUUAUAGUUUAUUGUAAAGCAAAUUACACAACAGUUAUUUAGCAGUUACAAGAAGAAAGGCUGAGGACGAAGAAAGAAAAAUACUUUGGUUUUGUAGUGAACAAAAUAUGAACAUAACAUGUUUUUAGGGCGGUUGUUAAGAACAGGAGUUUAUUUUUAUUGGUACCAACAGAAGUUGGUAAAGUGUAAAUAUUUUCUACUGAAAUAUGUAUUUUGUAUGUAAAAUUAUUUUCAAAAAUAUAAGUAAUCUUGGUAAA